AAAAAAAAAAAAAAAAGAAAAAAAAGGAAAGAUUCUUUUCAGUUGCAAGAACUCGAUCAUCCUUUUUCCUUUUUUCUUCUUUCUCUUUGUCUGCUCCAUCUGACAUUGUUGGCCGCCAUCUUUAAGAAGCCGAAAUAUUAGAUCAGAGUUUUCGCCUUUCUCAAAUACACAACUACUGUAAGCAAUUCGCUAUCGAACCUGACCGUGGGACCCAAAGCGAUAAAUAUGAACGACACGUUGGAAGUAAAGGACGUCGACUCGAUUAUUGAGCGAUUAUUGGAAGUUCGCGGUAGUCGCCCCGGAAAGCAGGUCCAACUAUCCGAAAACGAGAUUCGAUUUCUGUGCAUCAAGGCUCGAGAAAUUUUCAUCAGCCAGCCUAUUUUGUUGGAUCUGGAAGCACCAUUAAAGAUUUGUGGCGAUAUUCACGGUCAAUAUUACGAUUUGCUUCGUCUAUUUGAAUACGGUGGUUUCCCUCCCGAGUCCAACUACCUAUUCUUGGGUGACUAUGUCGAUCGUGGAAAGCAAUCCCUCGAAACCAUCUGCCUGCUGUUGGCAUACAAAAUCAAAUAUCCCGAAAACUUCUUCAUUCUGCGAGGCAAUCAUGAAUGCGCCAGUAUUAACCGUAUCUACGGCUUUUACGAUGAAUGCAAACGUCGCUAUAAUAUCAAGCUGUGGAAGACCUUUACGGACUGCUUCAACUGUUUACCGAUUGCGGCUGUGAUUGACGAAAAAAUUUUCUGUAUGCACGGCGGCCUUUCUCCAGAUUUACAAAGCAUGGACCAGAUUCGUCGAGUCAUGCGACCGACCGAUGUGCCAGACACAGGCUUACUGUGCGAUUUACUAUGGGCCGAUCCUGACAAGGAUAUUUCAGGAUGGAAUGAAAAUGAUCGUGGUGUAUCAUUCACCUUUGGACCCGACAUUGUGAGCAAAUUCUUGCAAAAGCAAGAUAUGGAUCUUAUUUGUCGUGCCCAUCAAGUCGUUGAAGAUGGUUAUGAAUUCUUCGCCAAACGACAACUGGUGACCCUGUUCUCAGCACCCAACUAUUGUGGCGAGUUUGACAAUGCUGGUGCUAUGAUGAGCGUCGAUGAAUCUUUGCUUUGUUCAUUCCAGAUUUUGAAACCCGCAGAGAAAAGGGCCAAAAAUACCUACAACGGAAAUGCCAGGGGAGGACGAGGCAAGAAGAAUGCGUCCAAGGUCAUGUAAAAAAAAAAAAAAAAUAAAAUAAGAUAAAAGAAGAAGAGGUGUUAUUUUUUCCCCAAGGAAUUGCAAGAAGAAUGAAGUUGUCAAGAUUCAUCAGAAGAAAGAAGAAGAAGCAGAAAUUUCAGAUACAAAAACUUGGUUAUCCUUGUCCUCCGACCUCACGCCAUCCUCGUCCAUAUGAUACAUUGCCCUUGACUUCUCCCCAUCUUAUCCGUUUUUGUUUUUAUGUAUUUACGCAAGAAUAUCGCUGCCUUCCGUUCUUUUUU